UCAUUAUCUGCUCCUGUAAUUAGGUCAUUCAGUACCGAUACUGAUACUGUGGCUACCUUUGACAACCACAGCUAAUCUGAGUCAAACAUGAAACUGUGAGUCAGUGGUAAGCUUCAUUACAGUCAGAGUCAGAUUAAGAUGUGUGUGAUGAGGGCUAGCAACAGCGGCACCUUCUCCAGCUUUGUUUAAGUAAACCAGUUCUACUGUAUGGGAACCAGUGUGUCAAACUGAAUUUUGUCCUGAGUGUGUGGAUUUCAGAUUUCAUGUCCUAUUUCUGAUUGAGCAGCACUUGUUGGUGUGGUUUCAAAUGACACUGAUAUGAUGUAUGUAGCUGUCACACUAGCUCCAGAGACAACAUCGUUACAUAAUUACAGUCAUUAAGAGUGUGUUAAUCACAUUCCUUAAAAUAUUACGUUUCUGUUCUGCACGUACGAUUCAGCCUGAAGAUAAAGGGGAAAAAGUUCCAUACAUGUAAACUAUUCUUUGCAAUUUGUGUCUUGUGUGUGUGUGUACCUCUGAUUUCAUAUAUAGCAUAUAUAUUUCAUGCAUCUUGGUGCUGCGUGCUGUAAAUGAUGAAUGUGUGCAUUAUGCAAGACUCCUAAAUCUACUUACACAUUAGUAUCUCCACGACUGACAUUAAUAUGCAUGAGUAAUUCAUAGAUAAUAAAGGUUAACUUUCCAUAUGCUCAUUUUAUCAGCUGUAAACACAGACCUGAACUACCAAAUGGGCCUGAUACAGAAAAUGUUCAUUUCAGAAUAACGUUUAAUCAGCGAUCAAACUAUGGUCUGUACGGACUGGUUGACAAAGAACUGUUUUGACAUUCAUUCCGUGUUUGUUUGCUGGAACUGUUAAUUAGAACAACAUAUUUGCAAUGACUUGACUGUGAAAAGAGCGAGACUAAUAAUCGUUUCAUUGGAAAAUACCUAAGAUGCAUAAACAGCUCAGGGAAGUUCACGGGAAACGAGUCGAAGCACAAAAAUGUAACCAAGAACACACGACUGCCUGAUAAGAAUCUGAAGUGUAACUCUCAAGGGCAUUUUACCACACUUACAAUAACACUGGAGAAACCUCAAAGCACCGCCGCACAGAGCUAAAUACCUCCUUUUAUCAGCUGAAGCUGAAGAUUCUCCUGCGCUAUUUCGUUUAUUUGUUUGGCCCUUCAGGAAAUACCUUCUCCAGCUAUUCUGUCGUUAAUAUUAGUGACUGUACUGAUGUAUUUGUUUCCCUUUCAGUGCAAUAAAUCAAAAUAGUGUUUGAAGCAUAGGGGCGGGACUGUGCCGGGUCCCUCAGUACCACAGAAAUCUACCCACAGUUGUGACGAAACCCUCCAAACCUGUUGGUGCAGUGGUGCAUGCGUGUGAUGGUGCGGCGACACUGAAGACUGUCACACAGACUCCUGGAGGAAUCUGGAGUCAGAAGCACACUGAGGGCCGUCCGUCGAGACUCCGGAGCCAGAGAUGCAUCAGGGACGCCUGCGUCUGCGGCCGUGGCUGGAGGAACAGAUCGAAUCCGGCACAUACCCUGGAGUCGUGUGGCUGGACCAGUCUGCCAGAGUUUUCCAGAUUCCCUGGAAGCAUGCGGCCCGACACGGCUGGAAUAUCGAGAAGGACGCGACUCUGUUUCGAAACUGGGCCAUCCACACAGGGCGGUACAAACCCGGCACAGACGAACCCGAUCCCAAGACGUGGAAAGCAAACUUCAGAUGUGCGCUCAACUCCCUGACAGACGUCAAAGAGCUUCAGGACAAGAGCGUCAAGAAAGGCCACAACGCUUUCAGAGUUUAUAUUCUCCUCCCACACAACAAAACUGUAAAAAGACGCAAAGCUUUAAGGUGUUUGGAUACCGACAGUAAAGCAGCAAUGUCUCCACAAACACAGAGGAACAUACCACUGGAGAGAUUUACAGCUAAGACACAAACUUCUUUCCCCACUAUAAUGGAGAUGUCAUAUCUUUCCCGUCUGGAUACAGAGGCUUUCUGGAAGCUCACAGAUGACCGAGGCAGUGUGGAGGAGGAGAGACCAGUCAUCACCUUCUCACAGGGACUGCAGCUGAACAAAACAGAUGAGCACGAGCAAAGAGAAGCUGUGCUGAAGAUCGUGGAUCACCUGAAGCACCCGGAGCAUUGGAGUCCCUCGUACGAGAGCGACCGGGGCUGGAGACCCAACUCCAUGUGGAUGGGAUGCCUGUGUGAGACGAUGGAGUUUUCCGGUUACUCCUUCCAGACUGACUGUAACGUUCACAAUACCUCGUCAGGUCAAUACGACUAGACCAACUAAACCAGCAGGUUCAUACUACUGCAUUUGUAUUUUUUGCAGUGCAAGUGAAGAAAAAGCAUAGUCAUUCAUGUUAAUAAGUGGACAGUGAAACUGUGCCUGAAUGAUUUUGAUUUGUAAUUAUGUUCAAUUAUGCAAAAUAAUUUCUUGGUCACUAAAGAAGACAUCAGCUAUUUUUAUUUGUUCACCAAACCUUUCAAUAAAUCUUGAGUUUAUGCUUUGG